GCUCGACAUUGAGUUCGUUUUACGUUUAGACAUCGCACUCGGUGUCUGUUUUUUGCACGGCUGUCGGCAAUGGAUCAUGGAAAAGAUAUUAGUCACAAAAUUCGGACGGCAAUAAAGGCAAAAUUGAUAGAAUUAAAUGCUUAUGUUGAUGAUGAGCUUCCUGACUACAUUAUGGUGAUGAUUGCCAAUAAAAAGACAGAAAAACAGAUGAACAAUGAUCUCAGUUUAUUCCUAAGUCACAACACAGAGAAAUUCACAUCAUGGUUGCACAAUUUGUUGAAAAAGCUUCAAAGCCUUGGAACAGACCAGCAGAAAUCAAAAGAAUUGGAAAAAGUAGAGACAAAGGUCAGUGAUAACCAGAGUGAGGCUCCAUCAGUCAUCGAUAAAAAAGAAAAACAAACGAAGAGGCAACAUUCAACAGAGAAGAAAGAGAAAAGCAGAGAGAGAAGCAAAGAAAAGACAAAAGACUCCAAAACAAAGGAGAGCAGGAAAGACCGGUAUGGUGUAGAAGUCGACCCCGAGAUCGAGGACCUGCUGACAAAUAAGGAAGAGGAUGAAUUCGCUGCUGAGUUUAAGGAGGAAUCGGAAGUAUCAAAGACUGGAAAAACGAAACAGACUGACAAAGAUGCACCAUCUCAGGAUGCCAAACAGAAAUCUCUUCAGGGCAGUACCCCGAGUAAAUCCAAACCCGCCGUGAAAGCAGCCUCAGUACAUUCUCGUUUGGGACUUCCACUUUCUGCAGUCAAAGACGGAAGAACAUCUUCCCGAGAUUUACCCCCUGACAGAACAGUGCAGAGGCCUUCAUCGUCUUCCUCAGCAAAGAGAACUGUAACUCCCUCUAAAAGACGACAACCCCUGUCUGUUGUGGCGUCUGUGAAGAGGAAGUUUGAGGUGGAGGAAGAGGAGGAGGAAUAUGACCCAUAUAACCCUGCAGUGGGCAGUGUGGCCAGCGUGGUCCAGGUUUCCUCAAGACCACGGAAGUCCAGCGUACCUGUCACAAAACAGGCCAACAAAAACCUGAUUCUGAAGGCCACUGCCGAAGCUGAGAAAUCCGUGUCUUCGGCUAUGGAUGCUGUGCUCCGAGAGGAAAAACUAUACAGUGCAAAGGGGGAUGCAAGAGAACGAUUAAAGAAACCAGUGACUGUGACACUUCAUGGAAGGAGCGGAUCUCAAGGGGUGGUAUCCAGCCGAUCUCAAGGGGUGGUAUCCAGCCAAUCCACUGCAGGAAAACCUGUUAGAGGGCUGGUCUCAAACUCUAAAAAGACAGAGUUCAUGAAGAAUUUGACAUACACAAUAGAGAACAAAUCCAAAAUGUUAAAAGAGGAGUACAGAGAAAACAUGUUUAAAGUUGUGAAAAAAGAAGGUCCAGAGGUUGCCUGUGUGCUCCCAGUGGGUGACAGCCGGUAUAUUGAGAUCCAAAAUAAGACAGAGGAUGAAAACAGCAUUCACAGCAGCUCUGAUACUAGUCAACCGCUUCCUGUGGGAUUAGAUGAAGAACAGUCCCUGAGUCCCGACAUUGAUCCCGAGGUCCAUCAACUUCUACAGCAGGAGUCUGAGACAAUCCUGUACUCCCAAGUUAAAAGAGAGGCGUCACUGGACGAAGAGGAGCCCGAGGACCCCCAGGAGUCGAGUCAUGGGGAGGAAGAAGAGGCAGACAUUGAUGAUGAUGACGAUGUGGCACAGAGGGCUAUGUUAUUGAAGCAGCAGAAUCUGCAGAAGAACAGGAAGAGGGUGCUGGCUCAGACCAAAACACAAAAACCAACAGCGUUUGUUUCACCUGUGGAUACCAGGUUCAUAGUGACUCUGGAUGGUGUAAAUCCUGACCAGUUUGAAGUCAUUAAGGAAGCAGGAGGAGGGGGUGCUGUGGAGACCACUAGCGAGGUUCCGAAAAAAACUGUCACCCAUGCAGCUCCAGAAAUUAAACCCAUCACGUUCAGCCUGAAGGAUACGGACGAUGAGGAAGAAGAGGACAUACUCCCAUCAAAAGCAGCUAAAUUGUCGGAGAGAUGUCGAUUUUGGCCAGCAUGUGUUAAUGGCAAUGCUUGUCUCUACCACCAUCCCACAGUGCCUUGCAAAAUGUUUCCUCAGUGUAAAUUUGGAGACAAGUGUCUGUAUAUUCACCCUAACUGUAAGUUUGAUGCCCAGUGUACAAGGAAAGACUGCCCAUUUACCCACGCCAGCAAGAGAAACUCCUCCACCACAGUCAUACAGAAAAUAGUCCAAGUUCCAGUCCCAAUGGCAGCUUCUUAUGCCCCCUCACUUAAAAGAGCUCCCCCUAGCAGCAGCAACACUCCUGUCGUCUGCAGGUUCUUCCCAAACUGCAGCAAUGUUCAGUGUACCUUUUAUCAUCCCAAGCCAUGUCGAUUUGGGAUGCAAUGCAUGAAUAAAUCCACCUGUCAAUUCUACCAUCCCCCAAUGCCAACCAAAAAUCAGCUGAAAUGGACGGCCUCCAGUAAGCAGCCCAGCUCUCACAUCAGUCAGAGACAGUUUGAUGCCGGUGCGGCUAAACCAUUAUCCACAUCUUGAGGAAAGAGAGGAGAGAAUCGACCGCCACAUGGAUGAUGCAGGAACUUUGAAUUUUGUAAAAUGGAGACAAAAAAGUCUGAGAAGACAUAAGAUUGCAGACUAAGAUCCUGUAAGGCAGGAGAGGUGUGGUUGUUCAUCUCUCCAUAAGAAAUUACGGCAGCAGAGUUCAGAUAGAACAAUGUGUUAAUACAUUAUGUGCGACUUGUGUUAAUACAUUCUGUGUGACUUGAUCGAGGGUUCAUUUGCACCAAAGGCAUAGAAAAGUUGUGGGGAUAAUCAAACAACUGUGUCACAUUUUAAAGUGGAUAAUCUGUCCAGACUUCUACACAACAUUACAUGUGCUGUGUCAAGUGGAUAAUCUGUCCAGACAUCUACACAACAUUACAUGUGCUGUGCCAUGCAUUGUUAAUAUCAUGGAAUGAUAAUUUUAUAUCAAAGAGGAUUUUUUUUAAAUCUAUAACACAAAUAGUGGGAUAAAAUGUUGAUUCAGUAAUAUUACUACUUGGGUUUCAUUUAUGUUGAGUGUACACUAACAGUUGUCCUCCACUUAGUAUUAAAAUGAUUUCUGUUGAACUACCA